UGAGCCAAGUUGUGACCCUCUUUGUCCUCUUCCUGGACUCUUGGCCCAGUGCGGAGCGCUACCCUCACUCCCAAAUCACAGGUUCAAAUAGUACAGUUUCCUCAAGUUCAAAGAAUAUGGAAAAAGAUGUGGCUAAAAUAUUUGAUGACAUUCUGCAGCAGGUGUCUCCUGAGGAGCCGGUUGGCGAAGCUUUGAGGAAAGCAAGUAUGACAGCAGGGCCAGUUACAAGGGCAGACCUGGAUGAAAGUCAUUUCUGGCAAAGUGGCUUGAGCAAUUCUGAAUUGGCAUCAAGUCCAGCUAAGCAAGAUGAACACUUAAAAAAGAUAUUGGAUGACAUUCUGCAGCAGGUGUCUCCUGAGGAGCCGGUUGGCGAAGCUUUGAGGAAAGCAAGUGUGACAGCAGGGCCAGUUACAAGGGCAGACCUGGAUGAAAUAGCCAGUGUGUCUGGGAGUUCUGAGGAACAAGAGGACCUUCUUGACAGACUGGACCAACUUCUGGAUGAUGACCACGUUUCAGAGAAGAGGGCUAGAGAGUCUUCCCAAGUCAAUAAGGACGUGACUGCAGGAGCAUUUCGUCAAGCUGCCAGUCCAGGUGGUCACCCAGAUCUGCCUUGCGGGCCGCUCCUGCACUUCCUGCGGAAGAACAUCAUCAUUGCUGCCGGCGCUGUGGCCGCUGUCUUUGGAGUCAUGUUGCUGUUGGUGUCUCCGCUGACGUCUUACCUGAGGAGGAGACAGUCAGUAAAUCCUCCAGCGAACAUGACUUAUAAUAUAUUUAUAUUGGAUGAAAAGAGUUGGUGGCAGAAACCUCAGGAAAGUCUCACAAAAUUUGUAGAAAAACACAAACAGUUGAAGUGAAGUUCCUGUGUGUAAGCCAGGGCAAGGGGCCACCCAAACCAGGCUCCGAGGCAGCGAUACGAGGACAUUCUCCACCCAGACACCAUGGAGAGGCUACUGGGUCUCUGGCUGUGAGGUGUAUUCAUCUUCGCAAUCUUGGAUGGACCAAGAAAGACUGCUCACCAUCGAUAUCUAUGGUGACAUGGCACUAAUGACCAAUGCAAGAGACUUGGGCAAUUAUCUAAAGA